AAAACACCUGUAGCAACGGGAAAGCGAAUUUUGACCGUCAGUCAGAGGCAACUUGUGCGUGUGUUUGGGAAAUCUCUGACACUCUGUUCACUAUCUUCUCCGUACCUCCUUUUCCGCUUUCACCCUAUCUCAACUCCCCCCAUAGCCUAUAGGUCAGUUUCCUUUCAGUUUCCAACGGCCCUCAAAGUCUUUUUUUGUUUCUUUUUUUUCUUUGCGCUUCCUUUUCAUUUUAACAGCGACGUGGUUGAGAAUUAAUAUUUUUUUCCUCCUCAAGAAAUCGCACGGCUUACAUUUCUGAUUUUUUUUUUAUUUACUCUGAUCCCAGGUUUCUUUUUUUGGGUUAAGCAUUCUUUAAUUUACACUCAUAUUAGUGACUUUUUAACCACGGUAACCUUUCUGUUGAGAUUCUAUUGAAGGAUGAGAUGCUUAUGAAGAGCAUGGUUAAUGAAUGGAGUGUGAUCAUUUUUCUUUGAAUUUAGUGUUCUUGUAUAAAUUUUAAAUGCCUCAUUGCAGAAGAAGCCAUAAAGUUGAUUCCUUUUUGUUACUCUGUCUAUCAUAUGAAUCUGUUUGCUCAUUAAAGUAAAAUUUCUCAAAUUGAAAUGGGUUUUUAAUAUAAACAACAUUCUUGCAAAGAAGUUUAAGCAACUUCAUGCGACUCAUUCUAUGGAAGGAUCAGGUGUUUAUGAGGGCUGAGAACUGGGUUGUGAAGGUUGACAAUGGCUGGAGAGAAGAUAUUGGAUAAAUAAGCUGAGGCAAGCAGAGCUGGAUUGAAUCCUGAAUCAGUUACUGAGUUGACUAAUAAGGUUUCUAGGAAAGUAGGAAAAGCAUCUGGUCCACCCUCUUCCAUUUCUCCUAUGGGGACUGCUGCUGCUCGUGUUAAUGGCGGUGUUCAUCAAUCCACCAGUCUAAAGCCAUCUAUCACUAAUUCAACUGCCGGCUCCUAUGAUCAUUAUGGAGGAUACAGUCGACCACUAAAUGAUGAUCAAGGUUACUUUAAUGCGGGUAUUCAAUCAAAUAAUGGUUCUUCCCUUUACUACCACCCUGGAAGUAAUCCUUACGGCAAUAAUUUUGUGGACUGUGAUCGAAAACAUCAACCACAUUCAUCGUCAUCAUCAUCAUCAGGGUAUCUUCAGCAACAAUGGUGCUCAUCAAGGAAUUCUAAAACCAGAACAGUGGAUAUGAAUGGUUCAUUAAAGUCGAAUGGUUUUAACUCUUCAGAAUCAAAUUUGGGCUCUUCAACCCGAAAAAUGCCAUCUUCAUUUAGUUCUGAAAGUCAAUAUUCUACUGCUUCAUCGAAGUACCCCCUCCAAAGCCAUCCCAAUAAACAAUCAAACAAGUUUGGUUCAAAUUUCCAGCUUGGUGGCCAAUCGGAUGGGUUUCAUCGGGUUGCGAAGUUUCCAUCAUAUACCAAUCAAAACAAAGGCUUUAUGCACCAUGGUCUAAAUAAUUACCGAACGAACGGCACAGCCUUGAAUGUUAACUUUAAACCCAAUUUUAGAGAAAAUUUCUAUAAGAACAGAGUGGGAGAUGCCUCGGCUGAACUUAAUCGUGGUCCUAGGGCGAAUGGCAAGAGUAAUCCUCUAAAACCGUCGGACAAAAAUGAAACCAUUCAGCGGAGCAUGUAUAACAAAGCAGAUUUUCAGACUCAGUAUGAUCAUGCAAAGUUUUAUGUUAUCAAGUCAUUCAGCGAGGAUAACGUUCACAAAUGUGUUAAAUAUGAUGUUUGGUCAAGCACCCCAAAUGGAAACAAGAAAUUAGACAAUGCUUUUCUUGAGGCUGAAAGGAAAGCAAGUGAAACAGGCGGAAUGUGUCCGAUCUUCCUCUUCUUUUCUGUGAAUGGAAGUGGACAAUUUCUAGGUGUUGCAGAGAUGAUAGGGCCUGUUGAUUUUAACAAAAAACUGGAUUUUUGGCAGCUGGACAAAUGGACUGGGUUCUUCCCAGUCAAAUGGCACAUAAUUAAAGAUGUCCCCAACAAUCAGUUGAAACACAUCAUCCUUAAAAACAAUGAUAACAAGGACGUUACAUACACUCGAGAUACUCAAGAGGUCGGGUUGGAGGAAGGUUUGGAAAUGCUUAACAUUUUUAAAAGUUAUUCCGAAAAAUCGUCGCUAUUGGAUGACUUCGACUUCUAUGAGGACCGAGAGAAGUCACUCAAGGCCAAAAGGAGAUCCACCACUUCAGAACAGGGAGCUGAUCAGUUCCAGGACAAUGAUGUUCAUAUUCCAUUCAGAGGAGAAAAUAGUAUUACCGAAGAUGCGGUGCUGGAAUCUGUAACUGCGCCUUCUCUCAUCACUCAAACCAGAAAGCUCUCUCUUAAAUCACAGCCAUUAUAAAGCAUAUGAAUUAAAGACUGAUGAAUGGCACCAGUUUCUUUUCUCCAACAUUGUUGACUUAUUGUUUACUUUUCUUAUUAUUUUCUGAAUAGCUUUUGCUAGUUUCUUUUAACCCUCCAGAUAGAACCCGAGGUACUGUUUUCUUUUCCCUCCUUAUCUAUUCUUUUUGCAUUUUGGGGUACUUGCUUUGAGCUUUUUCUACCCAUGUUUCAAUUGUUGUUCGAGCUGUGGACCGGAAAAGCCAAACAAUGUGCCAUUUUAUGAUCUUCAGCAUUUGCUGGAAAUAAUACCAAUGCCUUUUA